UGACGUAUUCACCGGUCAGGGCGGAGGAUGGCAGCCCUCGUUCCCGCCUCACGCCCUCCCCUGUCGUUCCCGCCCAGCCGCCGGGCGGGGCUCGGUGCUAUGCGGCGCUGCGCGGGGCACGCGGGUGAACUGCAGAAGGAUGAAACCAAUGAGGACUUUGUUCAGGUCAGAAGGAGGGAUUUGGAAAGGCUGACAACAGAGGUUAUGCAAUUGCGGGACUUCUUACCCAAGAUACUCGAUGGUGAUGUUGUGUGGACGUUCCAGAAACUGGAUGCUGUUGAAUCAAGCUUGGAGAAAAAGGAGGAGGAAAUAGAGCAGCUGAAAAUGGAUUGUGAGCACUUCAGAGCCCGCCUGGAAGCAGCCCAGGCAGAUUGCAUGAGGGAGAAGAAGGAGAAACUAGACCUCCGGCAGCACCUGCGUGAGGCCAAGCAGCAGCUCCUGCAGCAAGCAGAGUAUUGCACAGAAAUGGGUGCAGCUGUCUGCACCUUGUUGUGGGGUGUAUCUAACAAUGAGGAGGCUGUUAAAACCAUUCUAGGAGGAAGCAAGGCAGCAAAGUUUUUUACUAUCACCGCACAGACUAUGGAGAGCUUUGUGAAGUCAUUAAGUGAAGACAUGAAACAGCAGGAUUUGGAUUCUGAUGAAAAUCAGUUUGUGUUAGCGUUGGCAGGGAUUGUAACAAAUGUGGCUGCACUGGCAUGUGGCCGUGAGUUCUUGGUCAGUUCAAGUCGUGACCUAUUGGACACAAUGAUGCACCUCCUGGGAGAGUUGAAGCCGGGACUCUGUACAAAGUUUAAAGUGCUAAUGCUGAUGUCACUUUACAAUGUGAGUAUCAACUUGAAAGGCUUGAAGUACAUCAGUGAAAGUCCAGGUUUUAUUCCUUUGCUUUGGUGGCUCUUGAAUGAGAAUCAUCCUGUUUGCUGUCGCCAAUUGACAAGUGUCCGUGAUCUCAGACUAUACAUCAAGGCCAAUUGCUUGUAUACAACAGAUAAAUCUCUCAAGUUCUUUCUCCGAAUUUUCAGUCGCUUCCCAGUCUUCUUGUCCCCCGAGGAAGAAUGUCCUUCUCAUUAAGUGAAGAAGAGAGCAAACACACAUGAUAACUGGAUUCUCUUUGUUCUCUCUUGUAUGUAUCUAAAGCAAAGAGUGGUUUGAUUCUGAUUGUCUGGUAGACUUUUUUGAAGUAUGCUGGGACACUGAACAUAUGGAUGCUAAGAGAAAAGAGGCAAACCUAGUAAUGAUUCCUAAUGGAGAAAGAAUGUUAACAAUGAAGGGGUUUUGUAUGUUCUCUGUCUUUAGAAAAUUUGGAUGAGCCAGAAUGUCUUCACGUGCACUAAAAAAGAAUUCCUAAUAGCUCCUUCUGCUGGAGGCUAUACUGAAAACAGGUGAAAAACAAAAACUUUCUGAAGGUAAUGCAGAACUGUGCAGCCUUAGUAUUACAUACCCUGUUCUCAUCCUCUUUUUUGCCCCCGUAUUAAGUACUGCCUGAAAGGUGGGGCAUCUUUUAAUAAGCAGCGGUGAUCACUGAAGAAAACAGUCCCAUAACUAUGCAGCUGUUGUAUUCUUGAAUAGCUGUCACCUAUUCCUACCUGUAUCUUCCCAGCCUGGUGCCAGCAUAAAAAUGUGUGGAUGAUGACUCAGAUUUCUGUCUGUGAAGCAGCUUGUGGAAUUAGUAGGUUUCUCUUCUUGUGGAGCACCAUUUGUGUGUAGAGCAGCUGCUGCUGUCUUGGAGGAUAUAGGCAGCUUUAGUUUUCUCCAUCUCCAUCUGCUGUCCCUGUGUUGAUAUCUUGGCUAAAGGUUUUAUGUAACUUUCAGAUUUCAGGAAGCUCUGUCCUCAGCAGUAGAAAGAGAAGUUAUAUAACUUUAGAUAGAAAUCCUCUUGAGAUUUGUUGGUAUUUUAUUGCUGGUGCUUUACUUCUGUAGAUGCAUUAAGACUUUCAAUCUGCCAUUUUCAAAGGGGUAGACUUUUCCCUGCAAAGGGUCUUUUGAAGAUGUUGGAGUCAGCUCAGUUGUUACCUGAGUUUAUGUAUUUCAUUUUUAACCUUACAGAGCAUCUACGAACAAAUGAGUACUGGAGAUAAUUGGUCUGGGCUCUUCACUUUUUUCUUCUUCUUCUUUUUUUUUUUUUUUUUUUUUUUUGGAACUAUGUAUCUACCUUAUUAUUAUUAUUAUUAUUAUUUCACCAUAUAUUGCAGUUCUUGUUCUUGUUGGACGUAUGAGAGAAGUGGAAUUCAGAGAGAUUAUGUCAAUGACAUUUCCCAUCCUUGCUGGGAAAUUGCUCCAGGUACUUCAUUAAACAAAAGACAAGAGACAUAUGACUAAUCUUACAUCUCUCCCUUCAGUUUCCUCCACCACAGUUCCAUACAGAAAUCUAACCUUGUUUAUCCAAAUUCUUUGCAAAUGACGGUCUCUGUUAUAAAUGUCUAUAUGAAGCACAUUCUCAUUUUGCUGCCUGCAACCUUCUGUAUUUGCUUUUCAUGACUAACCCUGAAGGCUUAUAAAGCCUUUCUUUUCUUUUUGGAUUGGUUAUAGCUGUCAGAAUUUUGGAAAUUCAGGUUAAAUGCAUGGCAGCAUGUUAUUUAACAGACAUCUGGACAAACAGAGAUCUUCUAUUUAUGAAUCAGUGUCUGUAUUAAAACAAAUUUUGGUUGGUAAAUCAAAACCUCAGUUACCAGUUUUUCAAACUCUCAGCAGUUUCAUAUCCUUUGCGCUGUCUUAAGGAGAGGGUUACCCUACUAGUCCUUAAAGAACACAUCCAUUUUCUUGAAUGGAAAGAUGUCAGCUCUGACACAGAAAGUCUCUGAACCACUGCUAGCUGAGAAGCUGGGAGAGUGGCUAGAGGAGGUCUCACUGAAAGCUUGCCCUUUUCCCCUGCUCUUCUCUAAGCAGCAAAUGCUGUUUGUCUAAGUAGAGCUCCUGCUGAGCCCCGAGAGGCUGUCCUUACCAUCUGAGGAGGAGUUUCUCAACUAGAUCCUCCUUCUUAACAUCAGAGCCGUGCAAAUUGAUGUUCUUGCUCCCAGCUGGCAGUGGUUUUCCUUUUGUGAAUAUACAGAAGGAACUUUAACUCUGGUGAAUGCAUAUGUCACUGUAAAGCACUGGUUUGGUCUGCUGUUGUUCAGUAGCUAUUUUGGGAGUCCUCAGAUGCCCAAAUUAGGAUUGAUUGAAGCUGGAGAACGCACCUAACAGCUCACUCAGGAGUCUGUCAGCUGCAGGGCCACAUCUGUGUGAGUUCCUUUUCACUCUCAGCCCUUUAUGUAGCAGUCAGACAAAUUGGGUCUGCAUUUGCUGCUAUAGUCUCCCUCAAGGAUUUCCCUGUUGAAAGUAUGACAAGGAUGUAUCUGUAGGGGAGUGGGGAUUUCUGUUGAGCUGAACUCUGUGUGUGAACGUGAAAGCAGUUGCUUGGCCAGGGAGCAGACUGAAGCAAAUCCAGCUGCUCUGCAGGAGCUGGAGAGAAUGUUUUGCAGGGUGAAAAUGCAUUUGCAUCCAUAGGAGUUGCAACAGCAAGGCCAUUCUUUUUCCUGCCACAAUGUUCUCCUUGUUUCUUCCCCACAUGGUGUCUGUGUUGCAACACCUCUUGGCUCUCAGACCAAUCAGCAUUAUGAAAGUGUCCGGAAAACUCCGCACUGCUGCAGAUACUGGCUCAGCUCCACCAGUGUUAGCACUGUGGAAAGAUCUUACAUGGGACUAGCUGUGGCCCUAUCUUUCUCUAUUAGACCCACUGCAAACGUAGUCAGUCUGACAGGUUCAUAAAAAGGAAAGAGAGAGGUUGUCCCUUUAUGCUAGAAUCAGACAGUGAUUGAAUUGAAUUACAUUAGCAGCAAUAAUGGGAAGCUUUUGAAAUAUUGCUCUCGUACAUAGGCAUAGCUGUAAACUGCUUGCUGGUAAUAAAUCUUACACUCAGGUGGCCAGGGAAUGGUACGGGCACGUGUAAAUGGAGUUCAUGCAGCUCAGAGCCAAUUGUAGAUAAGCUGUUUAGCAUUGAUGUAAUGCAAUUACUUAAAUCCCGCUGUAGGGAACAGUUCAUCUGAGAGCAUGGUGCUAAUGACAGAUGUGACUAAAAUCUGUCCACGUUAUCAGUUGCUUUUGUCAGUGACUGAAAGCCAGUGACAUCAAACAGUGGUGCUGGCAGCUCACAGAACGUCAGCAAAACUCCAGCAGCUUCAAUACCUUGUUAAAAUUGCAUCAGCACUUUGUGAUGGCAGUAGGCUUACGCUCCGCAUGUGAUCCCCGACUGAGGCAAGCAGCUUGAUUUCUUACCCUGUUGCCCAGAAAUAAUGACUGUAGUUCUGAAGUUUUAGUGCAGGAGAUGCGUGUGCUAGUUGUUGGGAGGAUAUGAAGCAGUGAUUUGAUUGCAGCUGAGGCUUUUUGGUUUGUUUUUGUGUGUGUGUGUGUGGUUGUUUUUUUUUUGAUCUUGUACAAACAAGAUGUUACUCAGCUAGUGUAGAAAUGGCUAAAUCUGGAAGCUAUUGAAAUACACAGUGCUGAAUAAUGAAGAUUCCUUGCAUUUCUUGUAACUAUUCUCUAGAUGGGAGUUUUA